AAUAGUCACUGCUACUUCUGGGAGAACGUUUUCUAGAGGUCUUUCUACGUAGAAAAGCCGAGCUGCCUUCUUCAUAGGCCAAAGGUAAGAGGGAAGAGUGGGUGUGGAUGGUCUGUGGUGGGGCCGAGCCAAGGAAACAUGGUUCUUAUUUUCGUUAGGUAGAAGGAAAGAUUCCUCUUAGCAUAAUGUCAAAGAAUCUCAAAGAAGGCUGAAGAAGGAAGCGAGAAAAGACUAAAUCUGUGCCUCUCUAUGGCAGUCCAGACACACCUCCCCUCUCUUUUUUCUCUUUAGAAACUAUCGGUCUCGUUGAGAACCUGGGCUUGUCGCUGAGGAUUCUGGGUGUUGUUCGGGGGAGGGAUCGGGAUGUAAGUGGGGAUCUGCGCGGGGAUUUCUGGGACUUGUAGUCCCGGUAGGACGAGUGCAUCCUAGGGCUGCCGCUUGAAAGAGUCUUCUUGGCAUCAGAGUACCUGAGGUCUAUCUACAAAGAGAAAUUAAUUUCUGUGAAGAUUAAAUCCUAGCAAAUUUUGGCAUCAGCUCUUCUAAAUCAGAAUGUCUACAAAAGUAAGGGAGGCUUCAAUGCUGGUUUCACAAACACCAGAUGAACAAGAUAGAAUUUUUAUAGUGAAGAUGGAAGAAGAGGAAAUUCACAACUGCGAACAGGAACCCAGCUUCCACUGGAACAACUGCUAUAGCCCAGAAACAUUUCGGCAGCGUUUCAGGCAGUUUGGCUACCAGGAUUCACCUGGGCCCCGUGAGGCCCUGAGUCAGCUUCGGGAAUUUUGCCAUCUGUGGCUAAGGCCUGAAAUGCACACAAAAGAGCAGAUCUUGGAGCUGCUGGUUCUAGAGCAGUUCCUGGCAAUUCUGCCAAAGGAGCUCCAGACCUUAGUACAAAAGCAUCAUCCAGAGAAUGGAGAGGAGGCAGUAACUGUGCUGGAAGAUUUGGAAAGAGAGAUUGAUGGACCAGGAGAACAGGUCUCAUUCUGUCAACAAAAUCAGGAAGAGAUGAUACUUCAGGGAGCAGAUCAGGAGUCACUAAGUCUUCAAGUCCAGCCUAUGGUUAACCAGCUCAAAUGGGCAUCUUGGGAGCUCCAUGCCCUAAGACGAAGUGGUGAUGACACCACAGUGGAAAAUGUAGAACUGGCUCCAAAACAACUUUCUUCUGAUGUAGAGUCACAUGGUAGCAUUCCUGGAACCCUCAAUAUGAAUGUUCCUCAGAUUUUAAAAUUUAGAGAAACCUGUGAAAGUGACGGCAGAUUCAAAAGAAGGCAGGGAAAUCCCUCUCGUAAAAAACAAUAUAAAUGUGAUGAAUGUGGUAAAAAUUUCAGUCAAAGCUCAGCCCUUAUUCUUCAUCAGAGAAUCCAUAGUGGAGAGAAACCCUAUGAAUGUGAUGAGUGUGCAAAAGCUUUCAGCAGAAGCUCAAUUCUUAUUCAGCAUCGGAGAAUUCACACUGGGGAAAAACCUUAUAUAUGUCAUGAAUGUGGAAAAGCAUUCAGUCAAAGUUCCAAUCUUUUUAGACAUAAGAGAAGGCACAAUAAAGAAAAAAUCCUAACAGUGUCAUGAGUGUCUAAAAGCAAUCAAAACCUUUUCAUCAGAAGAGAAGACUCAGUAUGCAAAGAUCCUUUUGAUGAAAUCAGUAUAGUUUUAGUGGGCAUAAAUUCUCUAUUGAAGAUCAGAAAAGCCACUGUGGAGAAUGUGAAACAUUAAUCACCAUUUCUUCUAUAUAUGAUAGUACAGUGCCAUCCCCAACAGACAUUUGAGAAUCCUAGAUUUACUUCAAGCAAUCAUCCUUUAAAUCCCACUUGUUGGGAAUAAUCUGUUAAUUUAUUUUAUUUGCAUUGCCAUGUCAACUAGAUGACUGUUUGCCCUCUCUUCUAAAAUUGUCCUUCUUAGAUAAUUCCCCCUGUUUAAGAAUGAAGGUAAGAGUUCUACAAUGUAAUUCAUUGAAAAGAUGGGCUCUUUUCAACAAGUUUGAAGACAUAUUUUUCAGCUCUUCUAUUAGACCUAUUGAUUUUGUCCAGAAUCUAUGGUUUCAUUGGCAUAGAGAACAUUUUCCACUGCACAUUCACAAUUCAAACUAUGGUCAUGACAUUUGCAAAUGUGAGAGAUAGGACUUGAACUCAGAUUCAUCAGAUUUCAAAGUCAACACUCUUAUUUACAAUACCAAGCAGACUCUCUUAUUAUCACACUUUGAUAUUAAAAUUCAGGCUUCUAGGAAGAGUAGUCAGAGAGUACCAAGAAUAGAUGGUCACCAUUAUCUAGGAUGACAAAUAAUUGAGUCAAGAAAUGGACAAGACUUCCAGGUUAGAAAAUAGACAUACUAUGAUUGAAGCUAUUAAGAAUGUAAAUAGUAUGUAGUUUAGAGACCGCUCAUUGACAAGAAUAAGAUGCUUUCUGGUGUUAGUAGGAAUCCUCUAAGUUUAAAAAAAAAAUUAUGUGUAAAUUAAGCUACCAAAUCAGAUUAUCACAUGAUAUGAAAGUAAAUUUUAGCAAACUGAUCUUAUGCUAAGUGGUCAUAGCAUCAUCAUCAUCAUCAUCAUCAUCUAGGAAAGGGAAGGUUGUAGAGUAAGACUUUUUCACUGUAUCUGCAGCAUUGUCUUAAGAGAAUCCUUUUAUUAGCUGACUUUUGUAUCUAUAUUAUACUGGCAAGAAUAUCUUCACAAAGAAGUAUGAUUGAUUGGGCUAUUGCAUCUUAUUGUCAUUUAAGUGUCAUUUAAAAUUAUGAUAAGGAGAAUUUCAGAUAAUUUUGUCACAGAAUUUCAGAAGUCUCAGUACCUGAGAGACCUACCUAGUCUAAACCAUAACUGACAAUGAAUCCAUAACUUAAUAGUAUUCACCAUAUAGCUCAAUAUCAGAAAAAGGUAACGAACACAACUAUGUAAUUGUGCUUAAUAGAUAUUUUUCCCAACAUAAAUUGAAAAUUUAAAACUUAAAAAUAUUAAAAAUAAAAGUGAAAUUAAAAUUAUUUGCUAAUACAAAUAAAUUCUGGGAUUUGGGGUAGCAUGUCAAACUUGGGUAAGUUUAGCUGCUAUUUCCAAAUAGAAUUGAGAUCUGAGUCUGGACUCAUGAUGAUAUCAUGAAAAUUUAGAAAUUGGUACUACCUGAUUUAAAGAACUUGACAAAAUCUUUUGUAAACAUUCUUCAAAAUUAAAGUUAAAAAGCAUCUCUACUAUAGUUUAUAACUUUUAAAGAUUUUAUAUUUUUCAGCAGCUCAUCUAUAUAUAUUGGGCAAAUAUAGUAGCACUGAAAUUAUAACUACAUGUUUAAUGGAAACAAGUGUUCUAUUUGAAAAUAAAAUAACUGGUUUAUUUAUUUAAAUGACUUGGACAGAAACUAAUAAACUAAUUUUCCCUUUUGAGGGAUUCAUUAUGCGUAUUAUAAUAAUACAAAUUUUGUUAGUGAUAAUGCUUAUGUAACGUACUCCAUUAACUGUAUUCUCCUUUUAUGCUUCAAUUACACCACUGGGUAGAAAAGCAUCAGAUAUAAAAAUGAGACAUGGGAAGGAAGAAGGAAAAGAAGAUAUCUGUAAUUGGUCCUUUGGUCUCUCUAUAACUGUUACAAAAUAUAAUCAUUUCACACUUCUCCCAAGAUUAUAUAUCUAGUGCUUUGGAUGAUUCCAAAAGUUUGGAAUUAGUGUGGGCCAGUUAACAAUACAUGUGAAAAAUACAUAGUAAAAAAUCAUCAAAAAAAAAAAAAAAAUACCAGUGUGGAGAAGUAAAUGCAAAAUGGAGCUUCUGUAUAAAUAUGCUGAUAGUGAUUAUGUCAUGUGGAUUGUAGAGUUAAGUAUGUAUGUAUGACUAUGUAUGACUAUGUACUGAUAUAAUGUAUUAUUUUAUAUUAUAGAAAAUGUAAGGGGACUCAUUCUCCUUGUGGCUGAAGGGAACAAACCAAUGACCAAUAAAGCAAUGAACUCCCCAUAAAUGGACAUUGUUGUGUGUUAUUUCCCAGUAAGAGAAUGAUAAUCAUUGCAUUAAAACUUAGAUACUUUCAGAUGACUGAACAGUCUGAAUCAGAUAAACUGAGAAGUACAACUACCCUUUUUUGGUUAAGCACGAUAGAUUUUUUAAGAACUAAGAGGUUCAUUCAUUGAGCAUUUAUUAAGUGCUUAAAACAUACCAGGCUCUGGGAAUACAAAACAAAGACAUCUCAAACCCGUAUGUUCUACUGGAGGAAACAAUGAUUAUAUUGCAAGUAAAUACAAAAAAAUACUCAUAGUAAUUUGGGGCAGGAGAAAUGUUCUGAACAAUUGGAAGAACCAAGAAGGGUUUUGUGUAGAAGAUGACACUUGUUUUAAGCCUGCUUAGAAAAUAGAAAUUCUAAAAAAGGUGAAGAGGAAGUAUAUUCUAGGUAUAGGAGAUGACUUGCAAAAAAGGCUCAAAGAUGGAAGAUGAAGUGUCAUUUACAGCAAGUUCAACUAGUUUGGUUACAGUAUGUAUAAAGGACACAACAUGAUAAGCCUCAAGAGAUAGGCCAUACCCCAAUUAUGAAGAACUAUAAACAUCCAAUAAAGGAGUUUGUAUUCUAGUAAUUCAGUAUGACAUAAUCAAAACUUGCUCUAGGGAGCAUAAGUAAGAAAUUUGGUCACAGUAUUCUUCCCUUUUAACAGUUGAAUAGUCACUUUUAAGUAAGUUUCAGAAAACAUGGAGGUCUCUAAAUGGCAAAUAUAAAUAAUUUCCAGGCACGGCAAGCUAGAUAUUUAGGUAUUUAGUACUUGCUAUUAAGUAAAGGAAAUAAUCUCCAAACAUAAGAGGAGAUUUAAGGAGGUUGUGAUAGUUAUCUUCAAAUAUUUUAAGUUUCAUCAUGGAAGAUAUAUUAGACUUGUUCUGCUUAGACCCAGAGGAUAGACCUAGGAGCAUUGGGAUAUAUUUUGCAGAAAAACAAACUUGUGCUUCAAAUGAAAAUUUUUUACAACUGUCUAAAAAAUUAGAAUGGGCUGUUUCAGAGCAAUAGACAUUAAUCAACUAUGAUGUGAAAGACACUGAACCUGAUGAGAGCUGGAACUGCCAAAACCUUAAAAAGUUUCUUCUUUCAAAGAACAUAUACUCUGUGCCAAAAUGUUUGUGACAGCCCUGUUUGUAGUGGCUAGAAGCUGGAAAA